AUGUCUCCAAGUAUUCAACAAAAUUCAGCACCCCAAAUCUAUUCUAUUCAAGAUUUAACUGAAAGUCAAAAGGCUUUCAUAAAAGCUUCGGUUCCUAUUCUCGAAUCAUCGGGGGAAUUGCUUACUUCCAAGUUUUAUAACAAGAUGCUCAAUAACUUCCCUGAAGUUAAGCCUUUUUUCAAUGAAACUAAUCAAAAAAAUUUAAAACAACCUAGGAUUUUGGCCUUUGCAGUGUUGAAUUAUGCUAAAAAUAUCGAUGAUUUAACUCCCUUGUUAGGCUUUGUUCAUCAAAUUGUGGUAAAGCAUGUUGGUUUGCAAGUCAAGGCCGAACACUACCCUAUAGUUGGUUCUUGUUUGCUAGGCACAAUGAAAGAAUUGUUAGGUGAAGAAAUUGCAACCCCUGAAUUUCUUAAAGCUUGGGAAAUUGCAUACGGUAAUUUGGCUCAAAUUUUAAUAAAUGCUGAAUUCGAACAAUAUCAACAACAGGAUUGGAUUGGAUUCAAAGAGUUCAAAGUGACCAGCUUAAUUGAUGAAUCAAAUAACGUUAAAUCAGUCUAUUUCAGUCCCUUAGAAGGCAAGAUCGCCUUACCUAAAAGAGGUCAAUACGUUUGUAUUAGAUGGACAUUACCCGGUGAUGACGUGGAAAAAUCGAGAGAAUAUUCAUUAUCUGAGUUCCCUAAGACUAAUGAAUAUCGUAUAUCGGUUAGAAAAUUACCCGAUGGAAAGAUCUCCAAUUAUGUUCAUAAUGAUUUGAAAAUUGGUGAUGUAUUAAAAGUUUCACCACCUGCUGGUCAAUUCACCUACCAGGAAACUGAUAAAGACUUGAUCCUUUUCGUUGGGGGUAUUGGAAUAACCCCAAUCAUAUCUAUUCUCGAAAAAGCUUUGAGUUCCGGUAAGAAAGUUGACAUGUAUUACUCCAACAAAACCAUCGAGUCAAGACCCUUCACUGAAUACUUGAAAAAUUUAAAGAAAUAUAAAUUCAAUCUCAACGAAUAUAUAUCAAAUAAAUCCGAUGGCAUAGUUAUUGACCAAGCCGAAUUUAGACCAUUGGAAUCAUCAGAUUUUGAUCGCAUGGAUUUAGUCAAUAAAGAUAUUUAUUUGUUAGGUCCUACUUCUUACAUGAAGUUUGUUCAAUCCGAAUUAUCAAAGAAAGGAAUUUCGAACGUAUUCUCUGAAUUUUUCGGUCCAACCGAAGUUUAA